GGAAGGAAAGAAAGAAAGAACGGGGAAAGAACAGAGGGAGCGAGCGAGAGGGAGGGAGGGAGAAGCGAACCAACUCCGAGACUCCCAUAAAGAGCGGCACGCACGGAGCGAGCGCCCCGGUGCCGAUGCGUGGGGGAAACAAUAAGUACUCGAAGUUACCUGCCCUGCCGUAGAAGAAGGAGGGUUCGUGGGUUCUCUCGCAGACAUCUGCAGACCGGUGCUUUUUUGGAAGAGAUUUUUUUUUUCCUCUCCUCUCUCUCUCUCUUUACAAACCACAAACGGAUGUGAGGCAGGAAAGGUGUUUGACUACUGAAGUCAGGCACCUCUUUUUUUAUUCUUCUCAGUCUUGUGUGUCCCCCCCCUUCCCUCACACACACACACACACACGCACACACGCACUCUCACAGCCCCCUUUUUUUGCACCAACGUUAACGACCAAAAGAAAAGGAAAGGAGUUUGCUUGAUGUUUUAGUGAAAUGGACGUAAGAUUUUAUUCACCACCUCCUCAGCCUGCAGCCGCUCCUGAUACGCCUUGUUUGGGACCUUCCCCCUGCCUGGACCCCUACUAUUGCAACAAGUUUGACGGUGAGAACAUGUAUAUGAGUAUGACAGAACCAAGCCAGGACUACGUGCCAGCCAGCCAGUCUUUUCCUGGCCCAAGUCUCGAAAGUGAAGAUUUUAACAUACCUCCUAUAACUCCUCCGUCAUUGCCUGAUCACUCCCUGGUGCACUUGAAUGAGAUAGAGUCUGGGUACCACUCUCUGUGUCAUCCCAUGAACCACAAUGGCCUCCUUCCAUUCCACCCUCAAAACAUGGAUCUACCUGAAAUUACAGUUUCCAACAUGCUUGGCCAAGAUGGGACACUGCUUUCCAAUUCCCUCUCUGUGAUGCAAGAUUUACGGAAUACAGAAGGAGCCCAGUAUAGUUCCCAUCCUCAGAUGGCAACCAUGAGGCCAAGGGUUCAACCUGCAGAUAUUAGGCAGCCAGGAAUGAUGCAGCACGGGCAGCUGACUACUAUUAACCAGUCCCAGCUCAGUGCACAGCUUGGUUUGAAUAUGGGUGGAAACAAUGUUCCUCACAACUCGCCCUCUCCACCUGGAAGCAAAUCUGCAACUCCUUCACCAUCCAGUUCAGUCCAUGAAGAUGAAGGAGAAGAUAGCUCUAAGGUCAACGGUGGUGAGAAGAGACCUGCUUCAGAUAUAGGAAAGAAACCCAAAACUCCCAAAAAGAAGAAGAAGAAGGACCCAAAUGAGCCACAGAAGCCUGUGUCUGCCUAUGCAUUAUUCUUUCGAGACACUCAAGCAGCCAUCAAGGGCCAAAACCCCAAUGCUACUUUUGGUGAAGUCUCUAAAAUUGUAGCUUCAAUGUGGGACGGCUUAGGAGAGGAACAAAAACAGGUAUACAAAAAGAAAACUGAAGCUGCCAAGAAGGAGUAUCUGAAGCAGUUAGCUGCCUACAGAGCAAGCCUUGUAUCCAAGAGCUACAGUGAACCUGUUGAUGUCAAAGCCUCUCCACAACCUCAGAUGAUGAAUUCAAAGCAGUCAGUGUUUCACGGGCCUGCCCAGGCUCACUCUGCACUGUACCUCAGCUCCCACUACCACCAACAACCAGGAAUGAACCCCCACAUCACUGCCAUGCAUGCCAAUAUCCCCAGGAACAUAGCACCCAAGCCCAACAACCAAAUGCCAGUGACUGUUUCCAUAGCAAACAUGGCUGUGUCCCCACCGCCCCCUCUUCAGAUUAGCCCCCCCCUGCACCAGCAUCUCAACAUCCAGCAGCACCAGCCCAUCCCAAUGCAGCAGCCCAUUGGAAACCAGCUACCCAUGCAGGUCCAGCCUGCUCUACACUCACCUACAAUGCAGCAAGGAUUUACUCUUCAGCCUGAUUAUCAGAAUAUCAUCAAUCCAACAUCAACAGCUGCACAAGUUGUUACCCAAGCAAUGGAGUAUGUUCGUUCAGGGUGCAGAAAUCCUCCAGCACAGACUGUGGACUGGAAUAAUGACUACUGCAGUAAUGGGGGCAUGCAGAGGGACAAAGCACUCUACCUUACCUGAAAAUCUGAAACAUCUCUCCUUUCCUUUCACUGAGGAAUGCAGGGAAGUCUUUUCAUCAUGGAUUGCUUUAUGCAGUCAAGGCAGUUCUGCAUUUUAUUAGAAAAUACAAGUUGCUAAGCACUUAGGACUAUUUGAGCUUGUGGGUCACCCACUCUGGAAAAAAAUAGUCUUGCUUCUUUCCUUUUCUUUUUUUUUUCCCCCCCGUUUUUUCUCUUUCUUUCUCCUUUCCACCCCUUCCCUGAGAUCCUGUAACGGACAUUGCUUUUCUUCUUCCCUGAAGGAAACUUGGACCAUUCAGAUUUUAUGUUGGUUUUUGCUGUGAAGUGCUGCGGUAGUAACUGCCUUAGCAACUGUAGAUGUCUCGGAUAAAAGUCCUGGAUUUUCCAUUGGUUUUUCAUAAUGGGUGUUUAUAUGAAACUACUAAAGACUUUUUAAAUGGCUUGAUGUAGCAGUCAUAGCAAGUUUGUAAAUAGCAUCUAUGUUACACUCUCCUAGAGUAUAAAAUGUGAAUGUUUUUGUAGCUAAUUGUAAUUGAAACUGGCUCAUUCCAGUUUACUGAUUUCACAAUAAGGGUAAAAUUGGCAAACAUUCAUAUUUUUACUUCAUUUUUAAGCAACUGACUGAUAGUCUAUAUUUUCAAAGUAUUUGGAGAAAAGA